AUGGAGAAAACUGGUGUUGGGAUGGCAUUUUCUGACUUAGAGCAAACGAAACUUUACCCUUCGUUGUCCGAUGAAGAGAGGUUUCCGGUAGGGUUCAUGGAGUUACUGGGUGUUCAUCAUCAAGAAACCUCUCGUUAUGCCUUGACACAUAUGCCACGGAUGCAGUUAACCGCAACACCUAACCCGUCGUCGUCCAUCUCUCAUGCUUUGUGCGAAACUGUGACCGGAGAGGAAAGUAAUAGAUACUACCAGGAGAAUGAAGAAGAGCAGAAACAUAAGAGAAAUAAGCGGUAUAAAUCAACGAAGAGUAGUGAACAGACGAAAAUGAGAGAGCCAAGAGUGUCAUUCAUCACGAAGAGCCAAGUUAAUAACCUAGACGAUGGUUAUAAGUGGAGAAAAUAUGGUCAAAAACCUGUCAGAAACAGCCCUUUUCCAAGGAGUUACUACCGUUGCACUAUAUCUUGGUGUAACGUGAAGAAGAGAGUGGAAAGAUCAUUCACUGACCAAAGUAGUGUAAUCACCACCUACGAAGGUCAACACACGCAUCCUAGACCACUCAUCUUGUCUAAGCAAAGCAGCUUUGGAUCUGAUGACUCAGCUUCUGAGGCCUACUUUGACCUGACCCCUACAGUACUCUCUCCUCAAAUUCAUCACCUUUUCAAUUACAACAAUCAUCAUCGACAACAAGAUCAAGAGUUGUCUCGUUUUGGAACAGACUACUUUAGGAGGCAAGACAAAGAAUUUAAUCUUGGCGAUGAAGAUGAUGAUCAUGUGAUUAAGACGAGUGGAACUCAGGAUCUGCUUGAUGGAGCUGGUUUAGUCAAUGACCAUGGCCUUCUUCAGGAUGUUGUUCCGGCUCAUAUAUCAUCAAGGAAUAAUAAAAGUUAAUCUCCUAAUCUUUAAAUGGUAGGAUUGUAUUUGUGUGUGCUGUCACUCUUGUAUUUGAUCAUGAUCUAAUAGUUGAGGUUUGUUCAAUUUUAC